CACACUCACAGAGAGAGCCAGUGAAUGCGUCUGCCUGUCUGAGUCAGUCAGUGAAUCGAUUCCUCUUCCAGUGGACCGAGCCAGACAGCAGCGAGUACCCAAUUGAAGAGUACCUCUCCUGGGCUUGAGCGCUGCUUCCACGAGGGAACUGCAGACUCUGACGGGAGGACUGGAGGAGGUGGAGGAAAGGGGAGGAGGGACACCGGUUAACAGAUUAAAGCCCUCUCUGUUUCUCUCUCUCUUUCAUUCCCUCCGAGUGAGGAGAGACAACUCUAGGCACCGCAUGCUGUAAUCACACUGCUUCUGUGUAAUUUCCUCCUCUCAAUUACUUGUCCUUCCUCCUCUCUUUUUUUACACUGCUGCGGUCUGGAGGAAAGGCAGAGCACGAUUUGAAAGGACUUGUGCGUCUCUUGUGCUGCCUCCUCUUUCUCCCGCUCUCCUUGCUCUCUCUUGCUUUAAAUGUAAGUGGAAGGUGGGAUUGGGGGGAGUGAAUUAGGGAGCGGGGAUAAACCGUUGAGGCCAGCUGGAGAGAUGGGCAAAUCCAACAGCAAACUCAAACCUGAGGUAGUGGAAGAGCUGUGCAGAAAGACCUACUUCACAGAGAAGGAAGUUCAGCAGUGGUAUAAGGGUUUUAUCAAAGACUGCCCCAGUGGUCAGUUGGACGCAGCUGGCUUUCAGAAGAUCUACAAGCAAUUCUUCCCCUUCGGUGAUCCCACCAAAUUCGCCACCUUUGUCUUCAACGUCUUUGACGAAAACAAGGAUGGACGCAUUGAGUUCUCAGAGUUUAUUCAAGCUCUGUCUGUCACAUCCAGAGGGACACUGGAUGAAAAACUCAGAUGGGCCUUUAAACUUUAUGAUCUUGAUAAUGAUGGCUACAUAACCCGAGAUGAGAUGCUGAACAUCGUGGACGCCAUCUACCAGAUGGUGGGGAACACAGUGGAGUUACCUGAGGAGGAAAACACACCAGAGAAAAGAGUCGACCGCAUCUUUGCAAUGAUGGAUAAGAAUGCAGAUGGGAUGUUGACUCUGCAGGAGUUUCAGGAGGGCUCCAAGGCAGACCCCUCUAUUGUACAGGCACUCUCCCUUUAUGACGGCCUGGUGUAGGCCCAUCUCAAAGUGGCAUUCAGUAAUCAAUACAGUCCAUUUAUGUCAUCCUGCUGGCACUGUGAGAGGAAAGCUGACCUGUCACCAAUCUCUUGGACCUGCCAACAUGAAGGUGCAUUGUGGGUGCUUCUCUUAAGAGGGAAUCAGCUGUCAAUCACUCAUCUCCACUGUCACUGGAAAACCAAAAUCUGCUCAAGAACCCUUGCAGAACUCAUUUGGGAUGAGUGAUGUACAGUAUAGGAGCCUGAUGAGUCUGAUGGGUUCAGUGCCCUGUUUGUAAAGAAGAUAAGACACUCAUAUGGACAGUGACUUUGAAGGCAUCCACAAGAGUGUUAUUAAAUGUAUAACUCAAAUAUUCUAAACACCAAUGAAUGAGUUCCUUAUAUUGCUGUGGAUCUUGUCAUAGGAUGGACCUAGCUGGACUUUGGUCUAGCCUUCACUAUAUAAUGAACGAAGAUGCAGCUGAGCUUCAGCAAGCACUGGCAUUGAACAACAUGCAUCUAGUUGUAUUUAUUUAUAUAGCCUUUCUAUGUAAAUUAGCAAUCUACAACAAUAAACAAAAACGUAUAAAUCUCCUUAUGAAUCUCAUGCUUGUUCUUGAGACUUGAUAGUUGACGUCUGACAGCCAUGAUGUAUUAUACUGAGACCGUAUCUACUCACAUGCCCCUGCUUUGCUUGACCCACAGUCAGUCUCACAGUACACUUAGUGAUGUAGAAAGCAAAUUGUCUACAGUAUUGCGUACGACUCUCGUGAUGAUUUGGGCGUAUAUGUGAUGCAGUCAACACUGGAAAACAUGCUCUUCUCAGACAGCUAUUGUGUUGCACCUCUGGCUAGUUUGAAAGAAUAAAAUUCAUCUUGUACCAAUAGCAUAUACAGCAUUCAGCAACACUGCACAUGCCCACAGUGUUCGAAGUUCUGCACAGUGUUGAUGUAUUUCGAUUACUGAUAAUGUUAAGGGUGUGGUUAAAAUCACACAAGCCCAACAUUUCAUCUUUCUAAUAUGGUUAUCUGUAAAUGUUACAAGGUCUGUCUGCUCUCCACUUGCAAAUGCACUGCUGACUUUGUCUUAAUGUCACAGAGACACUGCAGUAGAUUAAAUAUUGUGGUUAUAGGGUAAUGUUAAUGGGGUCUCUUUAAAUAAAGAAAGUUUUUUUUUAAAA